CCGGCCCCGCAGUGCCCAGCCCAGCUCUUUGGACCGAGCUGUUAAUGGGUAACCGGGCUCUGGACCGGCGGCUGCGGGGCCAGCAGGGCUGGCGGACCUCUACAGUUCUCCUCAAAGCAAAGACAACAUCCUUCUGCCUCUGUCCUUACACAGAAGUGCUGCUACUGUUGGAUCACUGCCUUGCCUGCGACUCUGCUCUUCCCUCAUCCUCUUGCAGCUAGCAUAAGGCCCUCCUAGUGCUGUUUCCCAUAUGCACUGAAGCAAAUGAGCUUCUGGAGAUGGAAGGAAACCAGAUAACCCUGGACAGCCUUGAGAAGGGCACAGAUAACCCAGCUUUCAGCUUCGAGGGAGAGAAGAGACACUAUGAGGAAUGUGGUGAUCCAUACAGUGAGAGCCAAGAGGAGAGAAGAGAAGGGGAAGGGAGAUUCUCCUCCUACUGCAGGAAGGUCUUGCAGCCAGCAUCCAAGGCAAAGCAUUUCUGCAAGGCUCAUGCCAAGGUGUUGAGAAGAGUCAUCCUGGGGCUCCUUGGAGUAGCCUACCUGUGCUACUUCAUUGUGGCCUGUUACCUCAACUUCCAGCGAGCCCUUGCCCUGGUGGUCAUCACUGCCGUGGUUGCCUUCUUCAUCUGCUGGGGCAUCUUCAAGAAGCACUGUGGAGCAAAGGUUCUGCUCCUCCUCCACCCCAUUGGGAAGUGCUUCCAGAAGUCCUGGCGGUGGCUGAAAUGGCUCCUGUGGGUUGCCCUCCUGGUAGGCCUGAUUGUGUGGCUGGUUUUGGACACUGGCAGAAACCCAGAGCAGCUCAUCUCAUUAGGUGGCUUCUGCUUUUUGGUGCUGUUCCUGUUUGCCUGCUCCAAGCACCACGGUGCGGUGUCCUGGAGAGCUGUUUUCUGGGGUCUGGGUUUGGAGUUCUUAUUCGGACUCUUUGUCCUCCGAACAACUCCUGGCACCAAAGCUUUCCAGUGGCUGGGAGACCAGAUCCAGUACUUCCUGGGCUACACCACAGCUGGCUCCAGCUUUGUCUUUGGGAACACACUCAUUGAAGAAGUCUUUGCCUUCCAGACCCUGCCCAUCAUUGUUUUCUUCAGCUGUGUGAUGUCCAUCCUCUACUACCUUGGUGUCAUGCAGUGGCUUAUCCUCAAGAUCUCCUGGCUGCAAGUCUCCAUGGGCACCAGUCCCACUGAGACUCUCAGUGUGGCAGGGAACAUUUUUGUGGGACAGACGGAAGCCCCGCUGCUGAUCCGCCCGUACCUGGCAGACAUGACCCGGUCAGAGAUCCAUGCUGUGAUGACUGGGGGCUUCUCCACCAUCGCAGGCAGCGUGAUGGGUGCCUACAUAUCCUUUGGGAUUGAUGCGGCAUCGCUGAUCGCAGCUUCUGUGAUGGCUGCGCCCUGCGCCCUCGCCAUGGCCAAGCUUGUCUACCCUGAGGUGGAGGAGUCCAAGUUCAAGGGCAAAGCAAACAUCCGCCUCUCCAGCGGUGAAGAGCAGAACAUCCUGGAAGCUGCCAGCAACGGGGCUGCCGCCUCCGUGGGGCUCGUGGCCAACAUUGCAGCCAACCUCAUCGCCUUCCUGGCCGUGCUGGAGUUCAUCAACGCUGCCCUCCGCUGGCUCGGAGACAUGGUGGACAUCAAGGAUCUUUCCUUCCAGGUGAUCUGCUCCUAUGUCCUCAUGCCUGUGGCCUUUCUCAUGGGGGCAGACUGGGCAGACUCACCGGUGGUGGCUGAGCUCCUGGGGAUCAAGAUCUUCCUGAACGAGUUUGUGGCGUACCAGCAGCUGGCCACCUACAAGAAGAACCGUCUGAUGGGCCUGGAGGAGUGGGAUGGGAACCGGAAGCAGUGGAUAUCUGAGCGAGCCGAGAGCAUCACCACCUUUGCCCUCUGUGGAUUUGCCAACCUCAGCUCCAUUGGCAUCACUCUGGGAGGCCUGGCUUCCAUGGUGCCCCAGCGCAAGAGUGACUUGGCUUCCGUGGUGCUGCGCGCCCUGCUCACUGGCAUCUGUGUCUCCAUGCUCAAUGCCUGCCUGGCAGGUCUCCUCCAUGUGCCAACACAGGUGGGUGACUGUGCAACGUUCUUCAGUACUGCCAACUUCAGCUCGACCAGCUACACUAUGUACACCUGCUGUAAGCAGCUCUUUGCAAGCUCGGUGCUCCAGAAUGGGAGUGUCUCCUUCCAGGGAUCCUGGGCUGAGCAGGAAAACAGUGGGCUGUGGCUCACAGAGUGCUGUGUGCACUACAACCACACAUCCUGUGCAGGGACAAUCUAGAACUGGGGGAACACCAGGGCCUACAAGGCCUAUCCCCAAAGGUAGAAAAAACCCCAACAGAAACCUGAGCAUUUGGUCUUCUCCACUCCAGUGCUGACGGACAGCUGUGUGCACCUUGCAACCUGCAGCCUUAGGGGCUGGCCCUGUGCACACAAGGGAGCAGCUCCCAAAUAAAUUAUAUCAACCCUUG